AUGAAACAAAGAUUUUCAGCACUCGAUAUCCGAGCAACAGUGUCCGAUUUGAGAGAAAGGCUCGUUGAUCUUAGGUUACAGAAUAUCUACGAUAUAAACUCAAAAACUUAUCUUCUCAAGUUUUCAAAGCCGGAUAGAAAGGAACUUUUGUUGAUUGAAUCUGGAUUUCGAAUUCAUACAACACAAUUUUCUCGUGAUAAGUCGAUAACUCCAUCGGCUUUCUGUAUAAAGUUGCGAAAACACAUUAGAACAAGAAGAUUGAUCAAUGUCAGACAACUCGGUAUUGAUAGAAUUAUUGAUUUUGAAUUUGCUGGUGCUUCAGAAGGCGCCUCAUAUCAUAUUAUAGCUGAGUUUUACGCAUCGGGUAAUAUUAUUUUUACCGAUCAAGACUAUACCAUUUUGACUUUGAUACGUAUCGUUCAACAAGAGCAAAUGAUAGUUGGUCAAAAAUAUAAUGUUAAUACCGUUGCGCGUGUUGCUGAACCAGUAACACGAUCACGAUUAAAAGAAGCAUUAACUACUUCAUCUAAUAAAGAAGCCAAAGAACCAUUAAGAAAGAUUUUAAAUACUAGGUUGAAUUACGGACAGGCGCUGACUGAGCAUGCGAUUCGUUUUGCUCAAUUGGAUCCUAAUAUGAAAGUUGGAACAAUAGACAUUUCUGAUGAUUCGGAGCAUUUUAUUGCAUUAGAAGCAGGAUUUAAAGAUGCAGACCGCAUUUUAGAAGAAAGUGCAAAAAUUAAGCAAAAGGGAUAUAUAAUCAUGCUCCACCAUUCGGAACGUUCUUCCACAGCAGGUGAAAUUUCACAACAAGAUGAUGAAUGGGAUACCUAUGAUGAGUUCCAUCCCUUUCUUUUCGAACAACACAAAUCUAAAUUAUAUAAAGAAUUUGAUUCGUUUGACUUAGCGGUUGAUGAAUAUUAUUCUUCUAUGGAAAGUCAAAAAUUAAUUAUUAAGCAGAAAAAUCAAGAAAAGGCUGCGUUCAAGAAAUUGGAAGCUAUCAAAAAAGAACAAUAUUCACGCGUCGAAAACCUUCAAAAUGCUCAGUUAUCAAAUAUUCGCAAAGCUAAAUUAAUUGAAAGUAAUGUGGAUAUGGUAGAUCAAGCAAUUUUGGUUAUAAGAAAUGCAAUUGCUACUUCUAUAGAUUGGAAAGAUUUGGAAAAUUUAGUACUAGAAGAAAGGAAGAAAAACAAUCCUUUAGCGGAAGUAAUCGUUGGAUUUAAGUUGGAAUCAAACCAGAUCACCUUAUUAUUAAGAGAAUACGAAAAAGAUGAUGAGGCAUUUUAUGAUUCUUCUGAUACUGAAUCCGAAAAUGAAAACAACACGCCCCAACAAAUAGUACAAGAAAAAGUUGAUGUUGACAUAUAUUUAUCCGCAUUUGCGAAUGCAAGAAAGUACUAUGAUGUUAAAAAGCAAUCUGCUUUUAAACAAGUUAAAACAUUAGCUGCAGCGGAUAAAGCCUUCAAAAGUGCCGAACAGAAAAUUAAACAAGAUCUUAAGGAGACGAAAAUUACAGCGUCUAUCAACAAGAUCCGUAAACCUUUUUGGUUUGAAAAGUUUUUUUGGUUUAUUUCUUCGGAAAAUUAUCUUGUUAUUGCUGGACAUGACAUGCAACAAAAUGAGCUGAUAGUUAAAAAACAUCUUCGUAAAGGGGAUUUGUAUGUUCACGCUGAUUUACAUGGUGCUGCAUCAGUUGUUAUUAAAAACCCUAAUGAGGGUCAACCAAUACCCCCGAGCACACUUUUUCAAGCCGGAAUCAUGUCCGUUUGUCAAAGUAAAGCAUGGGAGGCUAAAAUAAUAACAAGCGCCUUUUGGGUUAAUGCAGAUCAGGUUUCCAAAACCGCUCCGACAGGAGAAUAUCUUACAACGGGUUCUUUUAUGAUUCGAGGUAAAAAGAAUUUCCUGCCCCCGGUUCAAUUGGUUUACGGUUUUGGUUUCCUCUUUCGAUUGGAUGAACAAAGUAUUGCAAACCAUUUGCAUGAACGUCGCCCAAUAAGAAAUGAAGAAGAAUUGGACGAUAAUAUUCAAGCACCAAUAGAAGAGCAAGAAAUCAAGGAUGAGUCAUUGAAUGGUGACGAUAUAGAUACGCCUGAAGACAGAGAAGAUUUUGAAUUACAUUUAGAAUACUUAAAAAAACCAGUAGAUCAGGAUAAAAAUGAAUUUAACGGAAUUGCCACUAAACAAGAGGAAAAUCAAGAAUCGCAACAUCAGCAACAACAACUAGGUCUAGAUGAGUCUAUUGAUGACACAUUGCCCGCUAAAAAUGUUCAUUCUAUUGAUAUUUCGAAAUGGGACAAAUAUAAUUUGGAUGAUUAUGGCGUAGAUCAAGAUGAUGCAGUUCAAGGGAGUGAAAAGCCAGCCACUAAAAAGAAAUAUAUAUCAGCUAAAGAAAGAAAGACUUUGAAAAAGCAAAGACAAGUUAGCAUAGGAGAUACCAUUUCUGGAGGAAUGGAUAGUAACCAACAAAUUAAUAAGAAAGAAGAUUCAAACGCUGCGGGUCAAGAAAAGCGGACAAAACAAUCAUCUCAGUUACCUCGCGCUCCAAAAAAUAAAGGAAAGAAAGGCAAAAAAGAACCUAUAAACUCAAAUGCAUCAAAACCAAAUAAGAGAAACAAUAUCACUGAUGGAGAACAAAAUAUAUCAACACCUUUCCGUAUUGAGGACCAAGAUAUAUCUUCACAUAAUCCAGAAACCGAUCAAGAUUUUAAUGAGCAGCAAUUAAAUGAAGAAGAAGAAAUUCGACAACUUCUUAAGGAAGAAAACAUUACUUUAUUGGAAACAGAGACUUUGGAAAGUUUGACAGUGUUGGAUACAUUGACAGGAUUACCGCUGCCCGAAGAUAAUCUACUUUUCGCUGUCCCAGUUUGUGCACCAUAUAUCUCUUUACAAAAGUAUAAAUACAAGGUCAAAUUAACUCCUGGAUCAACGAAGAAAGGAAAAGCAUGUAAGACAGCUACAUCGUUCUUUUUAAGCGAUCCACAGUUGACACCACGAGAGAAAGAACUUAUUAAAAGCGUGCCUGACACAGAAAUGAUAUCAGUGAUGUUGGGUAAAUGUAAAGUUUCAGCACCAAAUAUUGAACAAGCUAAAAAAUUUGCAAAGAAAGCUGCAAAAAUAGCAUCAAAAGAAGCAGCAGCUAGUCGAAUAAAAUCAAACGUCUAG